CGUUAAAGUAUAUUUACACUGAUGUAUAUUACAAAAUAUUCAUAAUAUAUUUAAAUUAAUUUCAAAAUUGUAUUAAAUUAAAAAAUGGAUAUGACAGUAAAGGAUAUAAGUGGAGGAACCAGAUGGGUCUGUCCAAAUGAUAGACAUCUAUCAUUGAGAGCAAAAUUGCAAACAGGUUGGUCUGUAAAAACUGCCUCUCUAGAUUCAAAAUGGGGUACAUUUUCUAAUUCUUAUACAAGUGGCACAAAUAGAUGUGCACAAUCAUUUGUACUUAGUGAAGAAGAACAACAAACAAUUAUACAGGUAAUUCAGAGAGCAGAAGCUUUAAAUUUAUCAGAACAAGAAAGAAUUGGCCGAUUAGUAGAAAAACUAGAGAAUAUGAAACGUAAUGUCUGUAUUGUAACUACAACAAGGUUAAAUGAAAAGAAAAGAUGUAGUAGCAGAUGUUUUAAUAGUACACACUGUAUAUGUUCUUGUGCUCUUUGUGGUGAAAAAUUUGGUGCAGUAUUAGGUGCAUCGGCAAAUCUUUGUAAAGAUUGUCGAAGAUACAUAUGUCAGAAAUGUGGUAUCGAAUUGAACUCAACAUUUUCGAAUCUUUCCACAACGAGAGAAAAAAUGCAAGAAAAAAUAACUAUGCAACGAAUCGUUAGAAGAUCGAGCAGCAGUCAGAGACAAUAUCUUUGUCGAAUCUGUGCCGAGACGAGAGAAAUGUGGAAAAAAAGUGGAGCUUGGUUUAUCAAAGGAAUGCCAAAGUACAUUUUACCGGAGAAAAAGGAACGAGGAUGGUCACGAUCUAUUCAUAAAACAUCUACUUGGACAAUCGGAGGUAAUAAAUCUCUCGAAUCUACUGAAUUACAAGAUUCUUCUUCUGAUGAAGAAGCGACAAGACGGCUUGCUUUAGCUCAAGGACAAUCUAAUUCAUUUCUUAAUUUACAAAAAAAUCAAGAUAGUAGUAGCAAAACUCAUUUAACAUUAUUAAAUUCUAUUCAAACAAACAAUAAUACAUCCAAGUCACCGGGACAACGAUCAAACGCUUCCUCACCAUUAAAUAAUCGAGAAGAGCAUUCAGAUCAAUUAAAUAGAUCUACCCUUUCUAUUAUCUCUCAAUGCAGUCGUCUUUCACCAUCUCCUACUAGUCCUCGUUCACGGAUAAAUAGAAGAACUAGUUCCAAUGAGUUUCAAAUUGAACAACACGUAUCAUUCGAAGAUGAAAUUAUCGAUGAAAAAAGCAAAAAAUUUGAUGAUAUUAACGAAACUGGUCAUAAAUUAGAGUUCAAUUUAUGCGAUCAAUUAAAAAGUUCUCAGGUACAAUCUUCCAGAUCAAAUUUUACAACAGUUUCAACGAUACCGACAACGACAAUUACGUCAACGGAACAAAUUUCAGAACAAUCUCAGAUCCACGAAAAAUAUAUAGAUCUGAAAAAAAACCGAUCUUAUUCAGAACAAGACAGUAAUAAUCAAACCGAAUUAAUACGACAACAAAUACCAGAUUAUGAAACGAGACAAAAUUAUGGAACUCUUGAAAUUUCUUUACGAUAUGAUCCAAUAAUUCAGUGCCUCCAAUGCAAAGUAGAACGAGCACGAGGUUUACAGCCAAUGGAUAUUUAUGAUCUCGCUGAUCCAUUUUGCAAGCUCAAUAUAUUACCAGUAAAUUCAAUUGCGAUUACAAAACGACUUCGAACGAAGACAAUCCACAAAACGCGGGAUCCAGAAUUUAACGAGACUCUCAACUUUUAUGGAACAACGGAAACUGAUAUAUGGAAUGGCAAAGCAUUGCACAUCUUGAUUCUUCAGGACGAUCCAGCGGGUCAAGAUUUUCUAGGAGAAGCAAGAUUUCCUCUGCAUGAAUUACAACCGCAUCAAAUAAAACAUUAUAAUGUUCCAUUACAGGAUCACUAUCCAGUGGACAACGAAGAAGCAGCUUGGGGCGUAUUUUCCAGUGGACGAGGACAGAUUCAAGUGAGUCUAAGUUACUGCACAAGGCGGCGAGCAUUGAUAGUUACAAUUCAUCGAGCUAUAAAUCUUCUUCCUAUGGAUAGUAACGGAUUUUCUGAUCCAUUUGUCAAGUUGUGCCUUAUAGAAAACGUGACAAACAAUCAUCGUCAACGUAUUUUCGAUUAUUCAAUUGCUCGUAUUACCGGUAAAAAGUUAAUAUCAAAAAAAAUCACAAGUCGUAAUGCACAAAAUACAACAAUUAAAUGGAAAACAUUAAAUCCAGAAUGGAAUGAAGAAUUCACUUUUACUGCUCGAUUAACAGACCUUAUGAAAUUAACAUUAUAUCUCACAGUAUGGGAUAAGGAUUUUGGCAAGAAUAAUGAUUAUCUUGGUGGACUUGAACUAAGUCGUAAUAGUAAAGGAGCACGAUUACGACAUUGGAUAGAUGUAAUCAAAUUUCCGGAUCAUCGUCAUCAAGCUUGGCAUAAUUUAAUUGAUAAUAUUUUGCCUAUAGAAUAAUUUAUAUUUCUAUUUUUAUUAUAUAAUAUAUAAUUCAAAAUGUUUUAAUAGAAUCAAUAUAUUCGAUAUACAUAAUAUUCUGCAAAAUAUAAUUUAUUUACAUAUGAUCAAUAAUAUUGCUCAAAAUGUUAUUCAAGAAAAAAAUUAACACAAAAAUAAAAUAUUACAUUAUAUA